AUGGCCAGCUGUAUCCAACACCGGAUUUAUCGACCCUGGCUUCACAGUGACUUCAUGUACAAGCUACUAGGACCUGCCAAAGAAUUUUAUGCUUGCAUCAAAAUUCUCCACAACAUGUCCAACAGCACCAUCAAGGAGAGGAAGCUAAACAACACCAGCAGCUAUAAAUCAGUCAUUGAAGAGGAGGAAGAAACACUGGGAAUUAAAAAGCGUCGAGCGUUCAUGGACAUUUUGUUGGAAUUCGCAAAAGAGAAUCCAGAGUUCACUGAUGAAGAAAUUCGGAAGGAAGUUGACACUUUCAUGUUUGCUGGUCACGACACCACAGCUUCAGCCUUAAACUUCAUCUUGUAUAUUCUUGGUCAUCAUCCAGAUAUUCAGGUUCGAAUACAGGAGGAGCUGGACGAUAUAUUUGGUAGUGGUGACCGUCCAUUCACAGCAGAAGACAUUCGUCAGUUAAAGUACACGGAAAUGUGCAUUAAGGAGGCGCUGAGGAUAUUCCCACCUGUGCCGGUUGUCUCCAGAAAAGUGAAAGAAGACGUUGUCAUAGAUAAGUAUCAUAUUCCGGCUGGCACAACAGUGGGUGUGGUCAUAUACAAACUUCAUCGUGACCCAACACAGUUCCCUGAUCCAGAGGUGUUUGAUCCUGACCGCUUCCUGCCAGAGAAUAUCAACAAGCGUCAUCCUUACGCUUAUGUUCCCUUCAGCGCUGGACCCAGGAACUGCAUUGGUCAAAAGUUCGCAAUGAUGGAAUUAAAAAUCUUAGUGAGCAGCAUCUUGAGGAGAUUCAGGGUGGAGAGCGUCGUCCCCAGAGACCAACUCAAGCUUGUCGCCCAAGUCGUUCUUAGACUUAUUAAUGGCAACUUCGUCAAACUCUUCCCCAGGACAAAAUAAUUAGCAUAAGAACACCCAGAAACAAGGAAACAGAUGAACCAAGAGCUGAAGAAUAACGUAAUAAUAUUGUCUUUAAAAUUUCACAACACUACUGCAUUUCUUAGGGACGAUGUUAGUUAGGAACAAUGACUGGAAGGAAUA